AGACGACCUCCACUCAGUGUGGACUGAGCUCAGAUCCUAACGCAGCCCGGUUUCUGGGCCUCUCUAAGCCAGCUGGUCUGGCUUAAUAAUAUCACUUCUCUCUUUCUUUCUUUCUUUCUUUCUUUCUUUCACUCUCUUAUUGUUUUUUGAAUCCUUUUCUUGUUUGAUACAAGAACCCACAGCUGGAGCUGCUGGGAGAACUUCCAGGUGAAGAAGACACAACGAGAAGCACUGGUGCUCGAGACUCACUCACGGAUGGACUGAACCCGCAGGACGGAGACACGCAGAGAGACACGCAGAGAGACAACCAGUCCUGCAGAGAAGAGACAGGAGCUGUUUCAGGACUGAAAAGUGAAAAACUGUGAGCACCUGGAAGUCAAUCAGAGGAGCCAGAGGAGAAGAAGAAGAAGAAGAAGAAGAAGAAGAAGAAGAAGACGUCUGUUAGAAAAGAGGAAGAACAGAGCAGCCGAGAUGGGGAGGAAAAAGAUCCAGAUAGCACGGAUCAUGGACGAACGGAACAGACAUGUGACGUUCACCAAGCGUAAGUUUGGUCUGAUGAAGAAGGCGUACGAGCUGAGCGUGUUGUGCGACUGCGAGAUCGCCCUCAUCAUCUUCAACAGCACCAACAAGCUGUUCCAAUACGCCAGCACCGACAUGGACAAAGUUCUGCUCAAAUACACCGAGUACAACGAGCCCCACGAGAGCCGGACCAACUCCGACAUCGUGGACACGCUGCGUAAAAAGGGUUUAAACGGCUGCGACAGCCCCGACAUCGAGGCCGACGACUCUGCGGGCCAGAGCCCAGAGUCCGACGACAAGUACCGCAAAAUCAACGAAGACAUCGACCUGAUGAUCAACAGACAGAGACUCUGUCAGGGUCUGCUGCCCUCCACCUACGACAUGGGCGUCUCCCUCCCCAGCAGUAACUCCGGCGGCCUGCUGUACUCCCACCCCGGCAUCAACUGUGGUUUAGGGAACCACAACCUGCUGCCCAUCUCACACUCCUCCCUGCAGAGGAACAGCAUGUCGCCUCAGAGGCCCUCCAGCGCUGGAAACGCAGGACUGAUGGGUUCAGAGCUGCCGAGCACCGUCGUCUCCAGUUUGGGAAACGGCAGCUACAGUAACCACUGCACCUCCCCGGGGCUGCUGUCUCCAGGAGGCGUCUCCAAGAACAUGCAGGAUAAGAGUCCUCCUCAGAUGAGCAUGAGCCGUAAGCCUGACCUCCGGACUCUGAUGCCGCCCUCCAACAAGUGCAACAACAUGCCCACCAUCAACCAGAGAAUAAAUCACUCCCAGACGGCUCAGACGCUGUCCACUCCGGCCGUGUCCAUCGCUGCUCCGUCUCUGACUGGACAGGUGAUGGGCGGAUAUCCGUCUACGCUCUCCUCGUCAUACGGCACAGAGUUCCUCAGCGACCUGUCCUCUCUGUCUGGGUUCGGAGGUUCUGGUCUUGGAUCGGUAGCGAGCUGGCAGCAACAGCAGAUACAGAAUCUACAGCACUCAGCACUCGGACACAUGGGGAACUUGAACCAGAACUCCAACCUGAACCUCUCCUCCGGUCAUCAUCCGAACCUCCACAUCAAGUCCGAGCCGGCCUCCCCUCCCGGAGACCGGGGCGUCGGCAUGAUGAACGCGGGACUCGGAGGCUGCGUGACCACGGCCGGAUACUCCAACGCCGCGGGCCGCUCCCCCGGCGACAGCGCGUCCAGCUGCGGGAGCUCGUACGAAGGCAGCGAGGACCGCGAGGAUCACCACGGGAACUUCCUCCUCCAGCCGCUGUCCAGUCAGGACGAGCGCCACAGCCCGUCGGUCAAACGGAUGAGGCUAUCGGAGGGCUGGGCCACAUGAUGGGAGCCGGCCUGCAGCCAGACGGGAGGAAGGGGGUGUUAGUAACGUUACCUUAUAGUGUUAUUAUUAUUAUUAUUAUUAUCAUAUUGUACUGAGUGGGUGUGCUAAAUGUGUUAUUGGUAACAUGAACGUGAGAGGGGGGGGGGGGGCAGAGUCAGACAGUUUUAUAUGAAUACAGUGACGCUCUGCUGUAUUUACAACGUGUACACUACAGGAAGUACUUCUGCUACAUCAGGCAGGGAUUUAUCAAACUGCUAAGAAUUACACUGAAACUGAAGAAUAGAAACAUUCAGGUUGUCAAUCAAU